AAAACAAUUGAUAGUGACAGCAAAUAAAAUUGCAAUACAAUAAAAAAAAUAUAAAAAAAAGCAAAAAAUGACUAUUUUCAAACAGGUUUUCACUCCUCCCCUGCCAUUUAUUAGCUAAACACAUACCCCCGCCACAAACUCACGCUAUUGGUUGAGCUAAUCAGGCUAGUUUGGAGUCUGAAAAAGUAAUGAUUUGAUUAAAAAAAGUGACUGACAUCAGCUUUAAAGGUACGAGUGUGGUAUCUGGUUUCAGUAGACUGAGAGGAGUAUGUGGGACAUUAUUACUGUCUGCUGCAGGCACUCACUCUAUUGCUCUCUCUCUCUCUCUCUCUCUCUCUCUCUACGGGUCUCACUUUAACGGCCUGAGCUCACUGUGACUUCCAAUGACUGACCAGUCUAACUUCCUCCGCUCCGUCUCACUCAGCCUCGUACCGCGGGAGAUCGGCUUAAGUGGCCCUUUUUCUCUCGCUCUCUAUCUUUCUUUCUUUCCAUCUCACUCUCAUGGGCCUGUUUUUCCACAGUGGCUGUGGGGAGCAGAGGGUGUUGAAGGACCCCUACUGGUAAAGUGGGUAAACACGCACAGCCCUGACAUCUGUGCUGCGAGAGAGAGAGAGAGCAAGUGAGAGAGAGGGAGAGGGAGAGGGAGAGGAGAAGGGUAGAGUGAGAGAGGGCGAGUGCAGCCCAGCCGUAAAGGCGCACAGGGAGAGAAGAGAAAAAUGCCUUGCUUUGUGGAGAGAAUUUCUCCAAAGCAGCAGGGAGAGGUGAGACAGAGAGAGGAGGGCCGUCUCCUGCCAGCUGAGAGGAGUUUAUGCACUGAAAAGACCUCAGGAAAAUCCACGAUGGCCGCCAAAAGGAAAGGUGGCCUAAAACUGAAUGCGAUCUGUGCCAAGCUAAGCCGGCAGGUGGUGUACGACGGCAGUUCCCAGAAUGCAGAGGGAGACUCAGACCUAGUGGACAACAGUGAGCGGGGCAGCUUGCUCUACGACGAGGGCGACCGGCCUGAAAGCGACUUCCCAGAGGCCCUGACCCUGGGCCAGAGCCUCGAGGAGGACCAGAAACGGCGCGAGGCCAUUGAGAAGUGGGUGAACGGCGAGUAUGCCGACGAUCCACAGUCCUUUGAAGGGGGUGAGCUCAGGGGACUCAAACCCAACAAUGUAAAUGACGAUCCCCCUGAAGGCGUGUACAUGGUACAGCCCAAAGGCUGCAGUGAUGAAGAAGACAACGCAGAAGAUGCUGACACCAUGCCCGGCUCUCAUGAGGGCAGUUAUCAAGAGGACAAGGACUCGGUGGGCAGCCCGCACAAGGACGACAGCUACCAGCCCACCAGCGAAGCCCCCCCUCGCCAAGCUACCUUCUCCUCAACAGGCUCCGCACUACGCGAUUACGCCGCCAACACCAUGAGUGAGUUCUUACACAUGUUUGGCUAUGAUGACCAGAAGGUUCAGGAUGAGCUGGCCAAGAAGAUCAGCUUUGAGAAGCUGAAAGCAGCUACCUCAGAUCCCUCCUCCCUGAGCAGCGAGGAGGCCACCCGUCGAGCUCGCUUCUCCAAGUACGAGGAGUACAUCCGUAAGCUGAAGGCCGGGGAGACCCUGCCCUGGCCCAUACACCCCAAGUCCGAAGAGCUUAACUCCAAAAUGGCACCAGAAAAGAGUGCUGCCCUCAUCCAGCCGGCCCUUGCAGGGUCAGAGGGACAGAUAUUUCCACCUGGAAUGGACCACAAACAAAGCUCGCUCAAUCCACCCCCAACCAACCCCUCACACAUCCAGAACCUGGCAUCCCGUGCAUCUAAGUAUGAUUACUUCAUCCAGAAGCUGAAGAUGGGCGAGAGUCUCAGACAGCAAAAUGGCAAUUCCUACAAGCGGCCCUCCAAGUACGACUUGGAGAACGUCAAGUUCCUGCACCUCUUUAAACCUGGAGAGGGCAACCCUGACAUGGGCGGCGCCAUCGCUUUUAAGACCGGCAAGGUCGGCAGGCCGUCAAAGUACGAUAUUCGAAACAUCCAGAAGUUCAUCCCUGGGAAGGUUGAUCCGACGAUAAUGCCGAGCGUUCUCCCGGCUACGGCAGGGACCCCAGGAACGCCAGUCAUCAAUACGGCUGCUCCUGCUGGGGUCGUGGGCCCUCCCGGGUUGCCCGUAGAUCAGGCGGGUCACCUCGGCUUUAACACUGACUACAUGAAGUCCAGCUUCUCCAAAACUGACUCCAUCACUACUGGAACCGUCUCUUCUGUCAAGAAUGGCCUUCCUCCCGAGAAACCUGCCACAGAGGACGUCAAUGUGUACCAGAAAUAUAUCGCUAGGUUUUCAGGGAGCCAGCACUGUGGCCAUGUGCACUGUGCUUACCAGUACAGAGAGCAUUAUCACUGCAUGGACCCUGAAUGUAACUAUCAGAGAUUCACCAGUAAGCAGGAUGUGAUAAGGCAUUAUAACAUGCAUAAGAAGAGGGACAACUCUCUGCAGCACGGAUUCAUGCGUUUCAGCCCUUUGGAUGACUGCAGUGUGUACUACCACGGCUGCCAUCUCAACGGCAAGAGUACCCACUACCACUGCAUGCAGGUGGGCUGCAACAAGGUGUACACGAGCACUUCUGAUGUCAUGACUCAUGAGAACUUCCAUAAGAAAAAUGCACAGCUGAUCAACGAUGGCUUCCAGAGGUUCCGCGCCACCGAGGACUGUGGGACGGUCGGGUGCCAGUUCUACGGGCAGAAGACCACCCACUUCCACUGCAGGCGCCCAGGCUGUACCUUCACCUUCAAGAACAAGUGUGACAUUGAGAAGCACAAGAGCUAUCACAUCAAAGAUGACGCUUACGCCAAGGAUGGCUUCAAGAAAUUUUACAAGUACGAGGAGUGCAAGUACGAAGGCUGCGUCUACAGCAAGGCCACCAACCAUUUCCACUGCAUACGCCAAGGCUGCGGCUUCACCUUUACCUCUACCAGCCAGAUGACCUCACACAAGCGCAAACAUGAGCGCCGCCACAUUCGCUCCUCGGGUGUGCUGGGCCUCACUUCCUCCUUCCUGCUGCCCAAAGAGGAGCAGGAAGAGUCCAGCAAUGAUGACCUCAUGGACUACUCUGCCAUUAGCAGCAAGAACUCCAGCUUAAGUGCUUCUCCAACGACCCAGCAGUCCUCCACUGUACCACAUCUGCUGUCCACUCCCACCACCACCAUGUCCUCCAGCCACAGCGUCAAGCCCACCGCCGCUCUGCCUCCGGCCAGCCGCAUUUCCACCCUGCUGUCCCAGGCUCUGCCGAGCAAUGUGCCCAUGGCCCUGGCACUUUCCAACAGUGCACUGGCAGGUGCUUCCAACCCCUUCUUCCCCCUCAUUCCCAGAAUGCCCAUGCCGCUCACACCCUCUGCCGCUGGCCUGAUAUCCAUUGCCACCUCUGUGGCUCACUCCAUGCCCAGCGAUUCUCUACCCCAGACCUCUACCCCGACUGGGGACCCAGCUGCUGCUACUGUAGCUUCCACUCCGACUUCAUUCGCUGCAUCAUCCAUUAUGGAGAAGAUGUCGGCCAGCAAGGGUCUGAUAUCGCCCAUGAUGGCACGACUGGCAGCCGCUGCUCUGAAGCCCUCCAGUAACCCGGAUGCAGGGAUGGGGCAGUCGGCUCAAGCAGGCCGGUUUAAUCCGGUCGAAGUGAAGCAGGAGCCGGUGGACAGCACCUCCGCGGCCCCCCAAGACUCUGUCCAGGAGCACAGCCUGGACCUGAGCAAGAAAGACCACAGCGCUGAAUCAAACGGACACCCUGCGCCGGGAAAUACAUCUCUUUUAUCCUCACUUAUGAAUAAGAUGAAUCCUGGUUUCUUCAGUGCUUUGGAUCUAAAGUCAGAGCUGGAGGGAGCUCAGUCGGCAGACGGCUCAGACGCAGCUCAGUAUCUCAGUAGGGUAAUGAAGAGGUCGGGCCCAGAGAAACACACUGAGCUGUGGAGGACCUACCUGCGCAGGUAUGACACUGAUGAUUUCUGUGAAGCCCAGUGUGAUUUCUUGCACAAGAUCCAUUUUCAUUGCCUGGUGGAGGAUUGUGGGGCGCUUUUCAGCACAGUGGACGGAGCCAUCAAACACGCCAACUUCCACUUCAGAGCCAACCUGAAGGUUAAAUCGGAGUCCCCUUUCAACGAGAGCAAGGAAUCCAACGAUAGCACCCCUAAUCAGAUGGCUGCCCCUACUUCCAUGGCCAAGACGCCUCCCAUGGAGGUGCCCAGCCUGGCUGUGUCAGGGGGCUACAGCUCAUCCCCCUCUCUCCACGCCUGGAAGCAGCUGGCCGGAUCGAUCCCCCAGCUUCCCGCCUCCAUGCCCAGUAUGCCAGCCACUUCCCCUCUGGCCACCACAUCGCUGGAGAACGCCAAGCCUCAGGUCAAGCCUGGCUUCCUGCAGUUUCAGGACAAUGAUCCUUGCCUGGCCACCGACUGCAAAUACUCGAAUAAGUUCCACUUCCACUGUCUGUUUGGAAAUUGCAAAUAUGUGUGUAAAACAUCCGGGAAGGCUGAAUCGCAUUGCCUGGACCACAUUAACCCCAACAACAACCUGGUGAAUGUGCGAGACCAGUUUUCCUACUAUUCUCUGCAGUGUCUUUGUCCUAACCAGCACUGUGAGUUUCGCAUGAGGGGCCAUUAUCAUUGUCUGAGACCUGGCUGUUUCUUCGUCACUAACAUCACCACCAAACUGCCCUGGCACGUCAAGAAGCAUGAGAAAGCAGAAAGACGUGCCGCUAACGGGUUCAAAUACUUCACCAAAAGAGAAGAAUGUGGCAGACUCGGGUGCAAAUACAACCAAGUUAACAGCCACUUCCAUUGUAUCCGUGAGGGCUGUCAGUUCUCCUUCCUGCUCAAGCACCAGAUGACCUCCCAUGCCCGCAAACACAUGAGGAGGAUGCUGGGUAAAAAUUUCGACAGAGUUCCUUCCCAGGUGGUCUCUCACACCCACCGACCUGAAGAGAUGCAGCACAUGGCCAGUCUAGCUUCGUCUGCCAUGGUAGGCAGCCAUCCUAAUCUUACCCACAACUUCUCCGGCAUGAUGGAGGAAAAUGAUGACUACAUGGACUAUACCGGUGGAGGAAGCCCACUGGGACUCUCCUCAGAGUCCUCCAAUCAAGACCGCAGUUGCACCAGCACCCCCGUGGGCAACGAUAGUUCGCCAGCAGGACCAGGCUGUCAGGUCCCUGCCUCUGCCACCACUACCUCUGCUGACUCUCCUCCUUCUCAAUCUGCACCUCCUCCUCCUCCUCCACCACCUCCUCUUCCACCUCCUCAUCAGCCUACGCUCCAGAGUCAGCCUCCAUCUCUCUCCUCGGCUCUUCUCCGGCCACCACUCCCCUCACUCCCAUAUCUCCUCUCCCCAUCCUGUCUAUCAUACUCUCUGCUCAGCGCCUCUCUCGGAGCCACUAGGAGUGUUGUCAUGCCAACCAACACACCAGCUUUCAGCCCCAUCAUUCCUACUUCGUCUUCGGUUAAAAAUGACGUCCCUAUAGUGCAGGACGCUGCAGGUAACACCAUCUCUAUCCCAACGGCAACUGGUGCCAAGAAACGCUUCUGGAUCAUCGAGGACAUGUCACCCUUCGGCAAGCGGCGCAAGACCGCUUCGUCUCGCAAGAUGCUGGAUGAAGGCAUGAUGCUGGAAGGGUUCCGCCGCUACGACCUCUAUGAGGACUGCAAGGAUACAGCUUGUCAGUUCUCCCUGAAGGUCACACACUAUCACUGCACACGGGAGAACUGCGGCUACAAGUUCUGCGGCCGCACCCACAUGUACAAGCACGCCCAGCACCACGACCGCGUGGACAACCUGGUCCUGGAUGACUUCAAGCGCUUCAAGUCUUCGCUAUGCUGUAACUUCCCCGAUUGCCAGUUCUCCGGCAACAGCACCCACUUCCAUUGCCUGCGCUGCGGCUUCCGCUGUACGGACAGCACCAAGGUGACGGCGCACCGCAAGCACCACGGCAAGCAGGAUGUGAUCAGCGCCGCCGGAUUCUGUCAGUUCAGCUCAAGCGCAGACUGCGAAGUGGCCGACUGCAAGUACAAGCUCAAGUGUUCGCACUUCCACUGUACCUACCCAGAGUGCAAGCACACGGUGGUGGGCAUGUCCCAGAUGGAUUCCCACAAGCGCAAGCAUGAGAAGCAAGAAAGAGGCGAGCUGCCUUCGGUGUCUCCCAACCAGGAUGGCAACCAUCACCACCACCACCACCACCACCACUCAGGCCUAGCUGUGCCCCCAAUGCCCAUGAAUCUGCCCCCAACCUCACCCGGCACACCGGGGCUGACCCACAACAAUAUGGCCAUGUACCUCCCUUCGGCAGGAGCCGCUGGUGAGUACGAGCAUCCGGGCUCAGCGGUCAACCUUGACAGCUCUCUGAACCUGGGGACGGACACCAACAGCUCCUUGUUCUUCCUGAAAAACGCUGCUGGGUUGGGCCUCAGCGACUCCAUGGACCUGAGCAAAAGGUCCGGGAUGCACCGGGAGCCACUCUCCCUGGCCACCAGUUCUGGCCCUGCUGCCUCAAUGGGCCUGGGCAACCCUCAGGAUGACACUACCGGCACAUCCGGCGAUCCUGAAGACGACCUGUCACCCGAGGAAGAGCCGUUAGCCGAGGAGGAUGAUGACGACGACGAUGACGACGAAGAGGAGGAAGUAGAGGAGGACAUGAAUACAGACUCGUAUGAAGAUUCCAUGCCAGAGCCAGAAGUAGACAAAGACAAUGGAGAGAGUUUUGAUGCUUCCAUGAACCACGCAGAGACUUCCCAACUGGAUAAAGAGGAGCCGGAGGCUGAGCCCUAAUCUAUGCUGUAGAAGGAGAACUAUGAAUUCCCUGAACAAACGCAAGUUUGAGUGGCCUCAUUUAUCAUGCUUAGAGACGCUGCAGAUGACAAGAAAACAACCAACUACAAGAGAAGUGAAGGCCCAAAAUGAUUUAUUAUGAUGUUUACAAGAUGACCAACAUUAUUAAUUUAAUUAUGCAUUAAAAAAUGAACAGAGAAAUAGACAGACGAGGCCCUCUUUUACACAUGGGUGGCUAUGUAAACCUUUUCCUACACAUCAGUCUUUUGUGUGUGUGCAUGUUUGACUUUAAUUUAUUCGAUUUCAUUUGUUACUUUUUGUGUGUGGAAAAAAUAAGGAAAAAACAAUCUCUCUAUAUAUGACUAUCUAUAUAAAGUAGAUGUGUGUGGAUGUUAAUGUACAUUUGAAUUGCAGUCACUGGAUUGCAGGACCCUCGUACCAACCUGAAAGCAACGAAAAGCGUACAUUGCAGGAAAUCUUUUAUAAAGAAUGUUGCUCAAAUGAUUGAUUCAGAAACACCCUGUGUCAUUAUUAUUAUUAAUAUUAUUGAAGUGCAGGGGCCUGCAUCAGUGCUUUGACUUGUAUGCUUCUCCGUUGAUCAGAUGAAUUUUUUAUUUUUAUUCUUUACAAUUAUCACAGUUCUCACUUAAACCUGCUGUCGUGGUCAGUGGUGUCAUAGGCUCCAUUCCAUAUGGACAUUCGCCUGCAUCUUCAGGACAAACAAACAAACAAAAAAAAAAAAAAACAGUGACCAGUGACUGCAAAGCUUCAGGCCAUAAGCAUUGAUCUCAGUGAAUGCUAGCUCUCACUUGAUUUCUGUUCCUUUUCUCAAUGAGGACCCAUUUGGCAUUGCAUAUUCAUAGUGCACUUUUGUAUAGAUGAGAGCAGAUACUCAAGCCUCUAUUUAAGACGUUUUGUUAUCUUUUACAUGAUUGCAUUAAUAUGGCUUUUUGUUUGUCUGUUUUUGCAUUAUUCUCUAAUUGCACAGGCAUGACCAGGUGAUGUGGGGGUGUAAAUCUCACUGUAAAUGGGUCUGUUUCGAUGGCGAGAGUUAUCGCCCCCUGUGUUUCGGAGAGUUUGUAAUGUGACGAUGGUGCUACUGCCCAGUGUGAAUGGGAGGAGAUUACAGCUAUGUCUUUGUUUUGCUCCACAAUUAGAUGUCCUAAAGUGUCCAUCAAACACACAGCAGGAGACGAGCGUCUCUGAAUGUAGGGAAAAGUUUGUAGGUGUUAUUUUUCUUUCCUUUUCCCUUCACAGUUUCUGUAGCAUGAAAAAAAAAAAGAAGAAGAAAAAACAAAAAACAAUAGUUGCAACAAAGUCUGAAGAUGGAGACUGGCUUUUUGAAGCUUCUUUUUUCAGAAGCAUCAUGUAUCUAUUUCUAAAAGAAGAGGAAACAUGGAGAGAGACUGUCUUUUCUAGAGGGCUGAAUGGAGGACAGGCAUCACAAAGACACCAUGAUGAAUGCUAGCGCUGGUAGCGCUGCUCGGAAAGUGUGUGAUUUUAUGAAUUGUACAGAAAACAGAAAACAAUGUUUCAAGCUUUUGUUUUCUAUUUACAACAGCUGUGGUUUCACUCCAAUAAUAAGAAGUUAUUUAAUAUUUAUGUGACCUUGCAAUGAGAAAAUUUUAGGGUGUUUUUUGCACUUUUUAGGUUCAUUUUUACCUUUUGAAAUUAUGGCAUAUAUCUUUUAACAGGGAAUUUGCUUUACAAUGUUUAGUUCACUUUGCUUUGAUGCACAAAUAGUCUUCAGUGUGACGAAGAACUGUUGUUCUGUGUUUUAUUUAAGAAAAAAAAAGAGAAAAAAAAAAAAGUUUUUUCUUCGCUUCCAAGAUUGGAUGUUUUCAAUAUGAAACGGGCAUGCUAGAACCUGGCUUGCCUAACGAGUAACACUAAUGAUGACUGUAAUUUAAAUGAAUUCUAUACAGAGGAAAUUAUUGCAGUGCUUCGCUCCAAAUUACACACACACACACGAAAAGAAAAGAAAAAAAAAGACAAAAAUGAUUUUUGUUUACUUGGCCUCUAUUGAAUAUAAACAAGGAAAAGCGAAGCGAGGAAAUUAAUUAUUUCCUAAACACGGCUUUGAAUCAGAAUAUAGGCAACUAAAUGUGUAGAUGGUUAUCUUUGAAAUAUUGUUUCAGGAGGGAAAAAAAGGUUGUAUAGUAUUUUCUUCUGUAAAAACUAUAUAUGAACAAAAAUGCUCUUUGAUGAAAAGCUUCCUUUAAAAAGAAAAUAAGGAGAAAUAAAGAAUAAAAAGUUAAAAACUGAACUAACACCAGAAUAGUUUGCUUGUAUGUGUGUGUGUGAGAGACAGAACGUAAGCGUGUAUGUGUGAGGUUUUAUUGUUAUUACCAUGGUUUCCCCAUAGUGGUAGAGGAAUUAGUGGUAAUUAAAUCUAUACGAGUCACAUUAUUGUAGCACUGAACAGUGGAGUGUAUUUCUACCUUAUACGCAAGGAAGUCAUCAUUUUCAAAGCUGUAUAUCAUGUGCGAUCACAAUAACAAUGAAAUCUGCAUAAUUUAAUACCAUCCACAACUCUUUGUUUGCUAUUGUUUUGGUGUUUGUUUUAUUUAAUUGAACUUAUGUAUUUUGCAUAUGGCAUGCCCCUUUCACAGGCCGUUUGUUCUCUGGUCUCAAGUGCAAAGGCGCAGGACUCACACUGAAGCAGCUGUUUGCCUGGGAGAUACUGUGCACUUGAAUACAUUUUAUGUGUGUAAAAUAGCAGGAUUUGUAAAGAGUCGAAAUAAAGAAAUUCUAAUUAUUAUAACAA